AUGAAUUUUUAUGAAUGUUCCUUAUUAAAAUUAAUCAGAGUAAUUAUAGAUAACUUUAGUUUAGAUAGUAUUGAAUAUAAUUUAAACAACAUUAACUGUUUUAUUUACAGUUUAAAUAAUUUGAUGAGAUUUACAGUUUUUUAUAAUCAGCUUAAACAAUUUUUAAAUUCUUUUAACAACAAUGAAAAGAAUAUAAAAAUUAAAUAUAAAAAUUUAGUAGGAUUAUUUAAAAUAGAAAUAGUUGAUUUAAAAAAUUCAAUAGAUACGUUUAAAGAAAAUUAUUUUAAUAAAAAAGAGACAAUAACAUAUUAUUCCAGUAAGUAUAAAGAUAAUUAUAAAAUAACUAUUAAGAACAAUUUUUGUUCCAUAGAAGAAGCUAAAAAUAAUUUAGAAGAACUUAAAACUACUUAUUUGUUAAUUAUUAAUAAACUUUGGAGAUUUAUUAAAAUAAAGGAAAAUAAAAGAAUCUAUUAUUUAUUACGAAAACAUAAAUGGUUUUUAAUAAAAGAAUAUGAAAAGUACAUUAAAAAAUUAAACUGA